AUCGCAUUGAUCGCCCUUGUCUGGUAAUGGGUGAUGGUAAAGGGAGAUCACUCCAAAGUCAACUGAAAUGAUAAAAUGUUUACUUUCCGUUUAGAGGUACACGUAGUUUUGUACUUUCGCUUUGAAGCCGCUCUGCCACUCGGGGCCCCAGCUGUGCCAGAGAUCGAUGGAAAUUUGAUGGAAACCAAUGUUUGGUUGAAUUUAAGGUGACGUGGCGAUAACAAACGAAGCCUGAGUUCUUUUUUUCUCUACCGCGUUCCGUCCCUGGCUUCAGACACUUUUGUAAGAACCCAGAAGAGAGAAGAGUGCCUGAAGCCUGAGCCGGAGUCAACUGACUGAGUAUCAGGUCAGAGAGGUGUGACCGCUGCGUGUGUGUAGGUCUACAGGUACAGUUACGGAUAUUUGGUCUCCAUGACGACAACUAUGGCCCGUCUGAGCGUUGUUGCGGUGGUUGCGCUGCUGCUAUUGCUGAGUGCCCCGGGGCGUGCGCAGGGGGAGGAGGGGGAGGAUGACGAGCUGGAGGAGGAGAAGGAGAAGGAAGUUCUGGACGUGGACCUCCACAUGUGGCAACAGUUCUACAACGAGAACCAGAAGCUGCUUGUGCUCUUUGAUUUGGAAGUCGGGAAAUCGGCUGACCCGAGUCUUGCGGCAAAACUGGAGGUGUCAACGUACCCAACGCUGGUCUACCUCCGAGACAAGUCCUACGUGUUUUACGACGGUGGGUUUGACCUGGAGGAGCUCAUUGAUUGGCUGAUGCACGCAUCGCAGAAGGUUCUACAGAGGCUGGACGACGACAGCUUUGAGCACUUGACGCAGGCUUCCAGCGGUGCUACCACGGGGGACUGGCUUGUGGCAUUCUACUCUGAGCUGUGUAAGAAAGUGUUGCCCUCUAUGGAGACGCUGGGUGUCAG